GGAAGGCUGGGUGCCCUCUUCUGGCUGGCACCAUGCAGCUCUCCCUAGCCCUGUGUCUUGUCUGCCUGCUGGUGCACGCUGCCUUCCGUGUGGUGGAAGGGCAAGGGUGGCAGGCCUUCAAGAACGAUGCCACGGAAAUCAUCCCAGAGCUGGGCGAAUACCCCGAGCCUCCGCCAGAGCUGGAGAACAACAAGACCAUGAACCGGGCAGAGAACGGAGGGAGGCCUCCCCAUCACCCCUUUGAGACCAAAGACGUGUCCGAGUACAGCUGCCGCGAGCUGCACUUCACCCGCCACGUGACGGACGGGCCAUGCCGCAGCGCCAAGCCGGUCACCGAGCUGGUGUGCUCGGGUCAGUGCGGCCCGGCACGCCUGCUGCCCAACGCCAUCGGCCGCGGCAAGUGGUGGCGCCCGAGCGGGCCCGACUUCCGCUGCAUCCCCGACCGCUACCGCGCGCAGCGGGUGCAGCUGCUGUGCCCCGGCGGCGCGGCGCCGCGCGCGCGCAAGGUGCGUCUGGUGGCCUCGUGCAAGUGCAAGCGCCUCACCCGCUCCCACAACCAGUCCGAGCUCAAGGACUUCGGGCCCGAGGCCGCGCGGCCGCAGAAGGGGCGGAAGCCGCGGCCCCGCGCCGGGGGCGCCAAGGCCAAUCAGGCGGAGCUGGAGAACGCCUACUAG